AUGGACGAUGAUGGACCAAUUGAAGCUAUGCAAUGUGAUGACGAUAGCAAAAACGAUAUAAAAACUAAGGACGACAUACCUGGUGGUGGAAAAAAGAGAUUACCAGAGGAGCCAAAGCCAUCCGAAGAAAGUACAAAAAAAGCAAAGAAAACAGAGAAUGAUCCUACAACCAAAGAAAAAACUGACAAUACUCAACAAAUGAAUAAAGAACAAAAAACACCUAAAACAAAUACUAACUCUAUUAAUCGACCAAGAUCAAACAAUUCUAUGCCAUCCAUGAGUGAUGAUGACGAUUAUGAAAAUAAAGCUACUAAUAAAUCACCUGUUCAUAUGACACGAUCAUCACUUGCUUCAUCUCGACUUAGUCUCCGUUUUGAUGAUUCGGAUGGCGAGGAAAACUCAAGAUAUUCAUCAUGGGCUCAACGUGAUAUAGCCGAAUAUCGUAGUGGUUAUCCAGAUGCACGACAAAAUUCAAGAAUAAAAGAUAAUUAUAAUUUUUAUACGAAUAAAAUAGCUUCUCAUCCUGAUGGAGAUUUUAUUGAUAACAUACAUCAAAAAUGGUUUGGUGAUUAUCGUAAAUUAGAAUUUCAUCAUGGUUAUAUUCAAUGGUUAUUUCCAUUACAAGAACAAGGUCUUAACUAUUCUGCUGAGCCAUUACAAAAACAUGAAAUUGAAUUAAUUAAAAAAGAUGAAAAAGCACUAAAACGAAUAUUAACAUCUUAUAAACUCAUGCUUGAUUUUUAUGGAUUUGAAUUAGUCGAUGAAAAAACGGGUGAAAUACGUCGUUUACCUGAUGAUCAUUAUAAAUCACGUUUUCGUAAUUUAAAUACAUCAUCUCAUAAUUAUUUACGUAUUACUCGUAUUUUAAAAUGUCUAGGUGAAUUCGAUUAUGAAUAUCUUAAAUUUCCUUUUCUUGAACAAAUAUUACGAGAAAGUAUUACAGAAAAUACAUUAUCAAAUUGUCGUCGUUCAUGUAAAGACUAUUGGAUUGAAACAUUACGAAGUCGAGAUGAACGACGUGCUAUUCGAAUCUAUGCAAGAGAAUUAAUUGAUUAUCAAAAGAAGGAUAUAAGACCGCCUGCAUCGCAUCGUGCUACUAGACCAUCAUCAUCAACAACAAAAUCAACAAGCAAACCCAAAUAA